CGUCCCCAGUGUGGCUCUGUGUGUCACCAAUUGAGAGGGAGGGAGUGUGUGUGUCUUCUUCCCGUUGGACUUCUCCAAACAGGUCGACUGCAGCUUCAACUGUCCGUUCAAGUUCGGAAUGGUGAUCCAAACUGACUGACACCACGCAACCUCUAAAGGAGAAGUCUGCGAUGUUGACGAGCUCCCCGAACAUCUGCAGUCUGACAGGCGGCCGGACCCAGCCACACACAGCUGAUUAGUGGAGCCGGCCGCACGGCCCCACAAGUACCGGCCAAAUAUUUGUGCUAAGCCCGGACCGACCCUCGGUGUGCUGGGAACGAGAGAGCAACUGCGUAGGAGGUUUGGGGACGACGCAAAGUCUGCACGGUCGGAUUUCACGUCGCUUUCUUCGCCUUACAGUCGUGGGUAAAGAUCAGUUCUGUGGGUUAGUAGGGCGUGCAGCUGAGGAGCAAGUCUAGACAGUACCAGGUGAAGACGAUUUGCCACCACGUUGUCAGAAGACACCAGCAAUUACCGUAACUGCUAUCAUCACUGGCAAGACUCAAACAACGGGGAAAGGGGUAAAUAUUUUCGCUGACAGUAUUUCGCAGCCGUAACUGCUUCAAAAACAGACAAGGCGUUGUUUUCACGACACCGCACGUGUGUGUGUGGAUCGUUAGAAAGGAUUACGUGGUCGCAUCAUCGACGCUGUUGGAUCUGAGACAGAUCUGAAAAACUUGGUCCAAGUUCAAGACAAACUUGAGGAGACACGGUGGAUACCUUGGGUGUCGUUUCUCAGGGCGAGGGCGUGUCGCUCUUUUAGCAGUUCGUCCUUUUGGAGACUUCGUGAAGGUCGUAAAAAUUCCACAUCUGUCCGCGGCAGUGCCCCGUGAGUGUUUGUUCUGUUGUAAAACACAUGAAGUUCAACGCGGUGCCAGCGGCUCCAGCAGACGGACCUGAUGAGGGACGCUUUUUUCAAUGAUAACCCGGUCUUCUGAUGGAACCACUGGAUAUUCAGGAGAGCCGAUUCCCCCACUCAGACGGUGACACAUCUGGAGAACAGAGCCCCUGACAGAAACGGGAUUCUAAAUUAAAAGAAGUGAACCGCAGCUCGAUAACUCGGACGGACGGAGCCGGACCUAACGCAUGGAGACGUCUGAUGCAUCGGCGGCGUCUCCGAAAGCGAAAGUCGUUUACGCCUGAAAUCAGAACCACGUGCAGGGGUUGUCGCUAAGGUGGGGAUCUUUAAGAUCUUAAAGGAGUCAAGAAGACGUCUCAGACUCCAAAGGUGAAGCAGAGAAAAUAUCUGGCCAGCGGAGGGGAUUGGAAUGGGUCCUGGUUGCGUCAGUUCUGCCAGCUUGUUGACAGUAGAAGGUCUGUGCUGCUGACACGGGUCCUGUUUUGUCGGGAAGGCGACACUACCGUAGGUUGUCCGGGUCGCGCCGCUGCGCUGUCAACUCGCACCGCAGAGGAACGCGAGGAAGACCCGCUGAGGUACGUGGGCGACACACAAGAGCAAUAUUGCUUCCUUGACUCAGAUUAAAGAUUACUUGAUAAGAGAAGAGGGAUUAAUUUGAACUUCCGACAGAAUUUCUUGAGGGGGUGGAACGUUGUCUUGGCGCGGUGAAUGUCUUGGCUCGUGCAAGAACAUUCCUACCUUUGUAUUCCUACCUCGAGACGUUUUACCAGACGGCUUCGUUUAAGGAACCAGAAUUCCUGAAUAGCGCGGAGACUUAGAUAUCCUUCGACGGUGGGUAGUGUGCAUCUUUGUCAGCCGCUAGGGAGCGCUUUUUGUGCCACUCAGAAGUCUCACUUUCUUCACAAGUGGGCAGAAUGUAGCGACUUUUGUCUUCUUCGUGAACAAAGUAUCAUUGUUGACCAUUUUAUGUGCUAAAGGUAUAUUUGUACUUUGAGGACACGCAGAGUUGAGGUGAGGAAUCGUUUACAAAAUUGUGACACGUCACAUCCCAGAGCAACUCUUGAGUAAUUUGGCAGGCAGGAACAACGAAUACCAGAUCAAGAAAAGGGCGGGAGGCCUGGAGGCGUUGCCAGGGCAACCCGAAGAGAGGUCGCGGUGUCGUCAAGAGCCGCGGCUUGUCAGAAGGAGAAUCCAUUGCGGGGCUCAGGGUUAGAGAGACUCGUGCGACCGCGACAGGAAAAGUCUUUGUGUCCCUAAAAGGGCAAUCAGGAUUUAUGGACGACUCUACUCUAACGCGGGGCAGAAGUAGAAACACAGCUACACCUGCGCAAACUUAAAGAUCUCGUCAAUUCUCGUGAAGUCCCGCGGGAAACUCCUGAUGACCUGGUGAGAAACGUGAUCAGAGGAAAGAGAUCAAGGAAUUGGAAAGCUACCAAAAAACCGUCGGACGACUUAAACAGGAGCAGUUGCGGUAGAAGAAGAAGGUUGAGGUGAAAACUUUGUUUCCUUUUCGUAUGGAUCAACCUUGUGACCAGUGCGCUCCGACAAAUGUGAUCAAAACAGAUUACUGCAAGAGUUGAAGAGCUGAAGUAAAGUUUCCCCUGUGCCACGGCACUAGAGCUGGAUUAACCGACCCAAGCCCAAACGGAGGAAGUGGGGUUCGACCCAAGUUAUCGGCGACAAGCCAAAAUCACAGACAGCUCUACGUGCCGAGUUGCUAAAAGGUAGGUAGACAUUUUAGCCACUGAAUGCUAUCCGUACUCGUCGAUGUGUCAUCAUGAAUAGAUACAGAAGUAUCAGCAGGUAUGUUGUCCUGUGGAUGUUGUGCUGGGGCGUGAGGACAAAAGCUCAGGGCUCUCAGGUCACGCCUGAUAACUUAAUAGGACCACCAAGAAGCGAUGGAGCGGCGCUACAGAGUAGUGACCACAGCCUGUCUGGAAAAGACAAUCCUCAGGUAAGGACAACCUCUGAAACAGUUGAUGCCGACGAUGUCACGACUGAAAAAUCGUCGUCCGUGACUGAUGAAAAGUUUGCAAGGAUAGAGACCUUGCUAAAUCACGUAUUAUCUCGCGUGAGUAGAACUGAGCGAGAGAACAGCAACUUGAGAGCUCUCGUGUCCAGUUCGGUGAGGGAAAACAGGGAGCUGAAGUUGACGGUAGAGAAAUCUCAAAGACAACUCAGAGACAUGGUCAGCGCGUCCAUGCGGAAAUCGCGCGACAUCCAGCGGAGCAACUCGGAACUGCAGAGAACCAACAAGCGGUUGAUCACUUACCUGCACACGCGAUGGAAACCGGAGGAGGAGGAUCCUGGAGGGGGUUACCGUGGGAACCAAACAAUAGGGGAGGACUCUUUUGAAGUAGGGCAAAUACCACAUAAGAGCCUUCACCCAGAUCACACAGUCUUACAAAGAAGAGAAAAACGUAGCGCUGGUGGUGAUGACGAAGAUGUUGACGUCAAGGUUGAUGACAUCAUCAGUGCACAGCAGAUGCAUACGUCACGUGUGAAACGUCAGGCGUCUUGGAUCAUCACGGUGGCCAAUCACACGACUUGGCUGCAGCAGGUGGAGGCCUUGGUCCGGGGUAAUGUCAUCAAAGUGGAGGCCAUGCAGGGCGACGUCAGUCAACUGCGACAGAUGAACACGGAAAUGCAAGCUUCCCUCAUCACCUACGUGUCUACUGUGUCUGAUAUGGGCGGGGAUGUGGAGAACAACAGGAACCGCAUCCACCGCCUCCAGGACGGCAUGACCAAGAUGGGCGUCGCCAUCAGGAACCUUGAGAGACGGCUGUACACGGGUAGCCAGUCUGCGGGACAGGUCGUUCAGGGUGGGGACACGAGCGAGGUGACCGCCCGGCUGACCGAACUGGAGAAGAGUGUGAAGGUUCUGCAGAUCAAGAGUUCGCAGUUCUCCAGUGUUCAGAUCUCCGAGCUGCAGCGCAAGGUGUCGGAGCUAGGGGACGCUGUGACACGGAUGGAAAACCAGGGGUCUUUGUCCUUGAUUUCAAGUGGAGGAAUCAAUGUCGAUGAUACAGACGAGAAGAUGGAAGCUGUCCCGUCCAAGAUCAUCUCCAACAGUCAGUACGUGGAGAUGUAUCGGCGCAUCUCCGGGCUGGAGCAGACGGUCAACACGCUCAGGGCCAGCGUCGGGGGCGGCAGAGAGCCAUCAGGUGUUCGCGAAGUAAUCUCACAACUGAGAAACAGAUUAGUGAACCUUGAGCGACAGGUACAGGCGUUCGCCGGGCGGGGAGGUGGCGGUGGCGGAAACUUCGCGCCCUCCAGUGCCCUAGACCAGGCGCUGACCCGGCUGGAGCGAGUGGAACAGUCACUGACGGUGCUGCAGGGACAGGUCGGAUCGGCAGGGGGCGGUGGUGACGUGGCGGGACUCCGGCAGCUCAGGGAGAGGGUUACGGACGUGGAGAACAACAUCAACCGGAUCCGGAGUCAAGUCGUCUCCACUGGCAGCCAGAGUAUCUCUACUAGUGAGAUUACAGACCUCCAGUUGAAGGUCAGUGCCCUGGACGAGACGUUCCGUUCUUAUCAACCCCUGCUGCUGAAGCUCGCUGAUGUAGACACUCGGUUGAGAGACCUAGAAUCUUCCGGAACGCAAGGUUCGUCCGGCCCUGACGUCGGCACUGCGAUAGUCAGCCGGAUCCGCACCCGCAUCGGCCGCUUGGAGCAGGGGAUGUUCGGCAGGAUUCUAUCGGGCUACAGUCAGGAUCCAGUCAGUAACAAGAUGAAACAAGAGAUAGACAAGAACAGGGGGUUGAUCGAGAGCUACACGACGCUCGUACCGGAGGUACAGCAGCUCCAGAGGCACAUGGACCGAGUGCAGAGCAACAGUAACCGUCACGCCACGUCCAUCGCGGAACUUCAGGACCGCACGGAGACCAUGUCCCAGCGACUCAACGAGCUGGACGGCUUCUACAGGCAGAACCGUUUGCGGAGUCGCCUCAGCUCCAUCCAGACGGGCGCUGUGAACACGACAGCGCUGAGGAAGCUGCGACUGGAGGUCAGCGCCCUACAGGGCAGCGUGUUCCGGCUCCUGGAGUCGGCCAAUCGCAUGGACGAUCUGGAGGAGAAGAUGGACACCAUGGAGCUCACCGUGCUGGGCGCCGCCACGCAGGUCACCAAGACGGAGGUGGACCAGAUCCGGACCACGGUCGGGAAACUGCAGGAGGAGACCCUACAGUGGGGCGACGACUGGAGUGAAGUGCAGACAAAGCUGGCCGAUUUGGAACUGCGUCUACGCACCAUGAAGGGCACAGUGGACAUCCUGGAGACCAAGAGCAUUAGGCCGCCGGACCCUGUACCGGACCAGAAACUGACGGAGGAGUCAGCACGACAGCUGUCCACCGUCACCGAGAGCCUCUCAACCGUGCAGCUGAAGGUAAAUUCCAUGGAGAAUCUUAUCACAGAGUACGUCUCCAAGGUGACAGGACUGGACAUCAAAAGUAGCCGGAUCCACGAAGUUAUGGCCUCGCAGUCCAACUUGAUAGGAGACCUGGACGAUAAGACCCGAGACAUGUGGGACACGGUGGAGACUGCCAAGCAGGACGUCAUCAGAGUCAAGCGCGACAUGCUCACCCUCCAGCAAAAGAUGAAAUUCCAGACCAGUUUGGUGUCGAAGCUGAACGCGUCGCUAGGAAACCAGAACUCCGCUAUGUCUCAGCUGUUUAACAACAUGGACGUCCAGAACAACCAGAUCUCCGACUUUGAAAAGGCUCUGGGAGACGCGAAGGCGUCUCAGUCCCAGAUAGAAUCAUCUGUGCGAAACUCGGCAACCCUGCUAUCACGGCUGGCAGAGAAGGUGGACACUCUCCAGGCGACCCAGCCGGUACGCGGGUCGAUCUCAUCAGGAGCCAGCCUGAUCCCCGUGUCCGCUCAACGCGAGGUGCGAGACCAACUAAAUCCCAUUAAACGGACAAUUUCCAACCAUAGCCGCCAGCUGUUCGAGAUGCGCCAGUCCGUGGAUGACGUCAGACGACUACUCCGUUCCCAUAGCGACGAGAUGACGCGUCUGAGUAACACGGAGGGUGAGAUGAGCGGCAGGCUGGCCAAACAGAUGACCAUGAUCCUGAACUUGGAGAGCUCUAGCGAGGCCUACACCAAGUCUGUGUCCAAGCAAAGAGACGCCGUUGACCAACUGAAAGGUCAAGUGAAGAGCCACGACAAGACUUUGGGCAAGCUGCGCCAGUCCUCCGCCAGUCAGGACGUGGGUAUUCAGAACCUCCAGAAGAUCGUGAACGGUCACACCAUCCAGAUGCUGAACACCUCUAGCUUACUGGGGAACCACAGCCAGCAGAUAGGUGCCCUGAAGGGAGCCUCGUACAAACUGGAGCUGGACUUCAAGAACCACAGUAAGGUCCUGACACUGAUGGCGCUGAGAGAUGACAACAUAGAGGAUAGCAUAGCGGAUCAGGCGCUGAACCUGGGCCGUAUGCGGAACAACUUGCAGACCUUACAGCGCGAGACGUACACACACUUCGCCGAGUACGAGCAGCUGGCCUCCAGCAUUGACAACCUGGACGGAAGUUACGUCACCAGGUCCGAGCUGAGGAAGAAGCUCUAUGAAAUCGACAACAACAGCAAGAACCACAACAGCAGUAUAAUGUUACUGCAGCGUGAAAAUAGGGAGCAGUUUUCAGUGCUGGACAAACACAGCCUGUUCAUACGAGAUGUCCGAAAUCUCCUGGAAGAAAAGGCGGACGUGUCAAACAUCAUGGACAUUAUCCAGCGCGAGGCGCGGGGAGACCUGAUGCGGCUACAUAACGUGUCUGAAGCACAUUCGGCGGAGAUUCGGGCGCUACAGGACGCGCGGGACCAGCACAGCGACGGCAUCUACAAGACUCAGACCUCCCUCACCACGGUCGGUGACGACAUCAGGAUGCUGAGGGAAGACCUGGGUGCUAUAGAGAUUACCAUGACAAGUCAUACUGACAGUUUAGGCCGACUGGCCACGCUAGCCUCCACCGCCACGGACGGCCGACAGUCGCUGAACCUGACAGUUCUGGAGCUUGACCGGAAAACCAGGAAACACUCGGACACACUACAGACACUCGGCAGGAUCGUGUCAGUUUUGGAGAGCAUCUCAGACAACCACGAGGCCACCAUCCGUGACCAGGACACGGGUCUGACGUCACUGAAGGUGGAGGCUACCCGCACACAGCGGGCGCUGCAGAACCUGACCAAGACGGACAUACUGCUGGAGAAACGGGUCGCACGGCUAAGGACCACCCAGAUAGAGCACAAUGCGGCCAUAUCACGCCUCAGUCUGCAGACGUCCACCGUGGAGACGUCCCUGAGCGAGCAGUACAACACCAUCGCUGACCUCAAGAUGGAGGAUGUAGAGAUCAAGGACUCUGUCGUGCAGGUUGCCGUGGCGAUGGGUAAGAUGAACGACACCGUCAUCGAACACUCGCGAGACAUCCGGGAACUUCUGAAGAGUUCGUCGUCCGAGCAAAGCCGCGUGUCGAACUUCGAGCGUGUCCUGAGCACGCAGAUAGAGGCCAUCAGUAGCCUGGGGUCAUCCGUGCAGAACUACACCACUCUGAACGCCUUCCUGUCUAGCAGGCUCAAGAUAGAAAACCGGCUGUACGAACUGGGCAACGGGCUUUUGUAUGUAAACAACACCCUCUACAACUACGCCCGCCGCAUCCAGACCAUGGAGGGAGAGACCUCAACCAGCCGCAGGAGAAUCUCUCAGCACAACGCCGACCUCAGGGAACUCAAGACUUUCGAAAAACGAGCUGAGAAGGACAUCGAAGAUCAGCUGAGUAUGAUAUACAGGAUAGAGGAGGACCUCGAGAGCGUCGACUACGUGGUGAACAACCAUGUCAACAUGAUAGAGGAGCUGGAGUCGACGGCAGGAAACCACACCAGCCUGCUGUUAGGCCUAGAUAACAAGGCGCGCUACAUAUCCGCUGACAUCAUCAGUCUAGACAGGUCUCUGAAGAAACAGAAUGACGUCAUCUCUCGGCUGACGAACACCACGACUCUGCACGCGGACAGCCUCGCGCAGGCGCAGGAGGCGGCCAGGAGACUCCGGCUGUUCAUCAGGAACAACACCGAGGCGAUUGGCGGAGUUGGACGGCGGGUUCAGCAGGUUGCCCAGCUCGUCAAAAGCAACACGUUGAAGAUAUCGUCCUUGGAGCAGAAGGAUUCUCAGUUCGAGAGCGAUAUCUCAGGUCUGGACCUGAUGUUGUCUCAGGAACAACGGAGGUCGGAUGAAGUGGAGGAAAGAGUACGGGAGCUGACUGUGGACGACAGUUUCCUGCGGACCAGACAGAACCGGUUUUCCGGUGAGAUGUUCAACCUCAACACCACACUCUUCCGUCUGCGCAAGGACCACAAGAGCCUGGAGGAUAUCGUUUCGCGACUGCGCACUGUCUCCACGGUGCGACACGUCGUCAUGGAGGAGCAGUUCCGCAACAUCACCGACAGGACCGCCGUCAACUACCAGCUGAUUGGAGGACUGAAUUUCUCCAUCACGGAGAUCGACACCACCCUGGAGAACCACAGCAACUGGUUCAACCUGCUGAAGUCUCAACUGUCGGCCCACGACCGCCGCAUGAGAACAAACGACAGAAGAAUCAUCAUACAGGGCAGCUCCAUAGAGAAGCUGCAGUCCAGGGCUACCGAUCUAGGGGAGUCCUUCACCUCGGCAGGGCAGGCUAUCACGGACUUGCGAACAGACGUGGAGGGGACAUUCAACGAUCUAAACAUAAGAACGCAGGCAGAGUUCAAGCGGCGUGACUCAGCCAUAGCAAACCUGACGCAGGACAUCCGUAACCACACGGCUGAGAUCAGGAACAGCCAGGAGGUGGACAGGCAGCUGCGGCAGGAGGACGGGCGGCUCAGGGACCUGCUGGGGGAGUACCUCACUGUCAUCAACAGGCAUGAGACAGGUCUCAGCGAGCAGAGUAACGGUAUCACGUACCUGCGGACGCUGAUCCGGACCCAGCAGGCUCUGACCGGCAACCACACGCAGGCACUGACCCGGCUGAAACUCCGGGAUAGGGUGCUGGAGAACGCCAUCGACGAGAUCAAGCUGGUGUUCUUGCCUAAUGACGCAAUAGGAAUAGGUAACAACCUCCUGAGCUCCGCGAGCGACCUGCGCAACCCCUUCACACAGAUCACCCGACUGGAGGACAAGCUCGACACGAUCUCCACGUCCGUCACACAACAGUCGCGCGAUAUUACACAGCUAGAGGAGGCUGGCGCUCAGGUUAAGGACGACCUGUACGAACACGUGGCGCAGUACCAGAAGUCAGACCGCCGCCUGUCCACCGCUGUCAGCAGACUUCAGGAGCAUGUCGCAAACGUUCGCAAUGCGACGAGGGAGCAAGAUACCAAACUGUACCAACUCGAGAGUCUGGGAGAGAUGUUGGAGAGCGUUCUUAAUGACAACAUCAACACAGUAUCAGACAUUCAGGACCGGAUCAGCAACAUUGGUGACGACAUCAGGGAACAGAAUGUCACACUGCAAGACUUCCAGUACAAGAUGGGACUGUUGGACAAAAAGGACAUAGACUUGAACAGGCUGAUAAACGUGCUCCAAGUGCGGAACAGGAAACAGGAGAGCACUCUGGUGGAGCACACCGCCAGCCUGUCCGGGCUCGCGCGCCGCGCCAGGAACCACGAGAACUCCAUCAGGUCCGGGGAGGAACUCAACCAGUACUUCAAACAGAAAGCUGACCAGCACACGGAGCAGAUAGACGCGAUGAAGGUGGAGGUCGGUACGCUGGCCAGCAAGGUGGACCGGACCGAGAAGACCCUGCUCGGGAAGAGCGCGGAACUGGCGGUGUUACUCAAGGACAACGUGGAGGCAACUUUGGAGACCUACGCGUCAGAAAUCACAGACUGGGUCGCCAGACAGGGUACGUUGGAGCUCCAGGUCGCCCUGCAAAACGAUAGCAUACUCAGCCUGGAAACCCGGACGGACCGACUGCAGGCCAACUCCAAGGACCAUUCUAAGGACCUGCAGCAGCUUGUACCUCUGGCAGAUGAACUACGCAAGGACAUGAAUCGUGCGCGGAUAGACCUGGUGGAGCUGGAGAGAAACGGAAAGAAGAUGACGUCACGAGUGGAGAGGCAUACUGAGGAGAUCUCCAACCUGCAGGACAAGUCGGACCAGCAAGGGGGCAUGCUUAACGAUCAGGCGACAAACAUCAAUACCCUUACCCUUGAACAAAGAAACUUCCGCGUUGCGAUGAACAACAGGACGACAGACAUCUUGGAGUUGCGGAGACAGCUUCAACUUUUGGAGGCAGGAGACGAGAACCUGAGGGGAGGACUUCAGCAGGUCGCCUUUAACCUGAACCAGGGCAUGCAGGCGGCCCAGCGCGCCACCCAGCGCCUGGAGGCGUCCAUGUAUAACCAGACCAACACCGUGUACCAGAUCCGCACCAUGACCAACAGCAUCCGGAACGAGCUAGCCCGCAAGGCCCGGCAAGAGACACGCGGGGAACGGCAGCUGGAUCUCAAAAUGGGCCUGUUCCAGCGCACGCUAACGGAGAAUACGGAGUCUAUCCGUACGCAGCGAGUGAAGAAUGACGACCAAGACAGUAAGAUCCUGCGCCAGUCAGACGCCCUGGAGAAACUACAGAACGCGAACUCCCAGUUCCAGUCCAGGGUAGGCAACCAGAGCGUGUGGCUCCAGAAGAUCCAGAGCAAGGCGGACCAGCUGACCAGCACGUUUGCUGACCUCCGGAAGCAGUUCAACGGGGUCGACCUGAAGGCUGAACGUGUGCAACAGGGCCUGAACAACCAGACUGUAGCCCUUCAGCAGUUCGAGUUCCGGUUGAGUGAUAUCGAAAGCAGCGCUGUAGAUGACGGAGGCAUGGCCAAUCAGCUGAACGCAAAAAUCCUGGCGCUGAAGUCCAGCAUCGCGCAGGACCUGCAGGAGAUCCAGAGUCAGGUGGAGGAGAUUCAGAGCAAUGCCGGGGACCUGCGCACCCUGGCCGGCAUGCACCAGCGGCUCAAGUCGGAGGUGCGGCAGGUCAACCAGCUCUUCACACAGCAACGGGGAACCAUCGGAAGAAUGAUUCAGAAGAACCAGCAGCUAGAGAGACAGAUUGAGACUCAGGACGAGUCCAUGACGGAGAUGGACACCAUCCUGUACCGCCUGGAGCAGGACAUGGAGCAGCUCAAGCGCGACGCCAGGCGGCGGCCCGUGCCACCACAGGCCGAGCAGUCCAGGAGCAUCGACACGGAAGUCGAUUCUGAACUGGACUCUAGUCAGGAUCAGCCUCCAUCCAGCACCUUGUCACUGGAACAGGUCGUUGACCUCUUGCGGAGAGGUCGUAGGUCAACCGGAGAUGACCCUGAUUCCGCGUCUGUCACAGCGUCAUGGCAGAAGAUGAAUGACAGCAUCGCAGACCUCCUGGAAAACCAUCAGCAGGACCUGACUGAGGUCGUCGAUGCCAUGAAACUGUUUAGGACCCAGGCGGAAAGUCUCAUCGACAAAGACGAGAAGUUGGAGAGGUUGUACGAGUCCCUGGCCAAGAAGGUGGCCACACUUGUGGCUGUACAGAAGAAGAGCCAAGGCACCAUGGGAAAUAGGGCACUAUCGAGACAGAUGUUCAAAAUCGAAGCAUCUAUGCACGAAACGUAUGACGUCAUAGGGAGGAUAGACCAGCAGGUUCUUGAUAUCGACAACGCAAUCCGCUUGCAUCAUGGUCAGCUGGCGCAGUACAAGCACCGGGUGGGCCGCCUGGAAACCGUCCUGUACAACUGCACGGACGUCUUCGCGCAGUGCUUCCCAAACCCGGAUGACAUGCCGAAGCACCAGCUGCCUCUGAAGAUGCCAGUCAUGGAUGACCAGGGCGUCGGCAGGGCGGGUAAUGUCGGGAGCACUGACCAGCCUGCAGAGGAGACACCCGGACAGCGCACACACAGGAACAACACCAUACAAACACUAUACGACCCGGAUCAGAACGGGGGUUGUCUUCCCGGAGAGUUCCCCUGUGCCAGUGGCGGCUGUAUCGACCUGUGGUGGCGCUGUGACCAUGACAACGACUGUCUGGACGGGAGUGACGAAAUAGACUGCGUGUAUCCUGAAUGCCAUGCAGACCAGUUCAGAUGCGCGGGCAGUGGACGCUGCAUCUCCGCUAGAUGGCGUUGUGAUGGCGAGAGGGAUUGUCGAGAUGCCAGUGACGAAACGGGCUGUAACGAGUAUUUGUCAGCAGAGAAUCUGACCCGGAUUGACCCCGACAGUUUCAGCCUGGGUAACAAGGUCUCAGCUGAGGAUGUGGAGGCCGACACCAGCCCCGCCCAGACAGCCGUGUUCGAUUCGCACUCCGCCAAGGACAUCAGACCCAUGAAAGCGAAAUCAGUCGUGGCCGCUGAGGAGAACGACCCUGAAGGCGAUGUUGGUUUCCAUGACAACAGUGAAGACACGACGGAGCAUGCGCGAGUUGACCAUGAAGACCAGCAAGUCCCCUUCGUGGAGCUCAAAGUCGGUGGCUAGUUUCACAACUCCAAAUUUGUUUGGACGGCAUUGGGGCACUGACAUCUAGAUUGUGAAUGGCCUGAUAAAACGUCGUUAAAUGAUUAUUGUGGUCUUACGAAAGUAUAUGCAGUGGUUAAGAACGUUUUCAGUUCAUACAGUGUUAGCGGUUUGUAUUACAAGUAAAUACUUCUUCACAUACUUCAGGGAAAAAUAGCCUUUCUAAAGUGUGACAAACAUGGGAACAAGAAAACGAGUACCUCUACAAAUUAAUUGAUUUCUACCACCUGGUUAUUUCUUCCACUAUCAGUAGAAAGAUGAUUAUCUUUUUUGAUGUAAUGCCGUUAGAAUAUACCAUGAAUCUGAUAUAUGCUUGUGAGAAAAUGACAAAAACUAUUAGCAAAGAAAUUUACAGUGUUACUAAUGGUCUUAAUGUUUUUAUUCCUAAGAGAGACUAGUUUUCUGGCUGGGUUGCUGAAUGCACACAUAUACAUGCCAUAUUUUCAGGUCUGUAUGUCACUGAAUAAUUACAUUCUUUGUGUCCAACAAAGUAUCUUUGUGCAGAGAAUGUUGUUAUUCUAAAUGCUAUAUUAUGUUUUACUUGUGUGUGUUAGGUGUUCUGGCAAUAUGUUGAUGUAUAUUUUACUCCUCAGAAUGGCUUUAUAUUACCAAAGGCCGAGGCGGACAACGUUAGACAAAACUUGACUGUUACAGAGUAAUGACUGUAAAAAACUGCGCUAGGGGAACUAGAAUGUAAAGAAACGUUUGUCUGGCAUUCUGAAGUCGCUACCAUUUCAUUAUCUUUAAGUAACUUCUCAAUUAUGUUUAAUGUAACCAUUAUGUAACUAUUUCAGAUUUUCUUUAGCAUAGUUACAAACUUACGACAUGUCUUAAACAUUGUGUCGUAAUUCGCCAGUGCAGUUGAAAGGUGAAAAAAAAAUGUUUCCGCUAUGCUGGGACUUUAAGGUUAGUGUUUAUGAUUUUACUUGUUUUUACCCCACAAGCUGUAUCUGUCUUAUUCUUUGUACAGACCUAAAUAUUAAUUUUUUCAAUCAGGGAUCCAAAUAUUUGCUGGUAUCUACGAUCCCUAUUUGAAUAUAGAACGAUUGUUAUGUUUUUAAUACAUGUCAGUAUGACAUGUGCCAGGUAUCAAAUAACCAUAAUGUCCUUUUUGAAAGGUCUUAUACUUGUGUUUAGAUUGAAGAUUUCAUUUGUUAGAUUUCAUUUUAGAGGAAUAAUUCCUAUAUGUUCGUGGUAUUUAGAUAAAUGUGAAAACAUAUAUCCUGGUGCUAUAUGGUCUGUACACUUGGAGAUUCGGUGUCGACAAUAUAAUAUACAUAUUGUGAAAAGA